GCUGAUGGUGUGCAUACAGAAGUAAAUAAAUCUGAAGUUGACUGGAUUAUGUGUUCAUGUACAUGAUGUUAUUGGAGAAAUCAGCAUGAUCAUCAUGCCACGUGUACAUGAUCAAAUUUAUGAAGCCACCAGGAUGAUGUGAAUGCAUAAAGGAAAUACUGAGCUAGUGAUAUUACCCAGAUUAUGUGCACAUACAAGACCCAGCACAUGGCAAAGUUAUUUUUCUUUCUGACAACUUCACUCUGUUUGGGUGGAAAGGGUGUUUGCUAAUUGUUUGUUAGGUCUUUUGAUUCCCCUGAAUUGUUAACAGAUGGUUUAUUUAUUUUUCAUGCAGUGCUAUGCAUAGAAUUCCUAUUUUAAAUGAGAGAUUUAAUGUGAACAUUAUCAUGAUUGUUUUCCAUUGUCUAGCAUUGUUUAGCAUCUUUAAAUACGUUUAUUACAUACGUUUAUGAUUUUAAAGUGUAAAAUAUUUUUUUAUUCAAAGACCAAAAAUGUAUGCAAGAAAACAAAGUGGUUGUUGAGAGAAUAAACAUCUUUAAUACAAUGUAAUGUCAUUGAUUGGCUGUGUGUGGAGCGUCAUCUCGUGUCACGUCGUGUUCUUUCGGUAAUUUCCGUUUUGCCUCCUUUCUUCCUGUCAUGUUCCACCAUCGUUUUGGAAUCGGAAGCCAUUUCCAAUUGUAUAUUUAAUCUGGAAACACCUGUUGUGAAUUUAUUAGACUGAAUAUUUGCAGCUGUCUUGGAAAAAAAUAACCACUAGUUUGGGUUUGUAAGCAACCUGCUUAGCCCACACUCCCGCAUUUACUCUCGGAUACAUUCGGCUGAAAUCGGCGACAGUGAAAUGGACGAGUCCCACUCGGCAGCGAAACAACUUGGGCUGGAUGAGGCGUCCGAAGGCACGACGGUCGAGCCGGUGGAGGAGGGGGAGGACUCGGAUACUGAAUCGGAGGCCGAAUGCACGACGAUGACUGUAAUGGGAGAAGCUAACAUCGACAUCGGAGCCGAGUCCUUGCCGAAUUCAGACGAUGCACAUUCCACGUUUGCAGAUGUGACCACAGUCACGGUUGGAGAUGUCCAGUCAACAGACGACAAUGUCUUCACAACAUCUGUGGCUACCUCUGCAACCAUACCAGAGCAUGUUCUGACAGGUAGAACCACGCUGCAGAUCGGCGAUAGCCUGAACACCCAGAAGGCCACGCUGAUCGUGGUGCACACUGAUGGCAGCAUCGUGGACGCCAGCGGCCUCAAGGCCUCCUCAUCCCCCAUUACAGCAGGCCCUCCAACCCCCUCCACCCCCAUGAGCCCGGGCCACGACAAAGAUGGCUCCAAGUACAACUGGGACCCGUCUGUGUACGACAACGAGCUGCCUGUGCGCUGCAGGAACACCAGCGGCGUCCUCUACAAGAACAGGCUCGGCUCAGGGGGCAAAGGGCGCUGCGUCAAGCACAGCAGCACGUGGUACACGCCUACUGAGUUUGAGGCCAUGGCGGGCCGGGCCAGCAGCAAGGACUGGAAGAGGAGCAUCCGCUACGCUGGCCGACCCCUGCAGUGCCUGAUACAGGAGCGGAUUCUGAACCCUCACGCGGCCUCCUGCACCUGUGCGGCCUGCUGUGAUGACUUGGCACUGUGCCCCAAGGACGGCUCCUCAUCGUUCAGCAGUGAGAAUAUAAAUAUGACAGGGCCGGUGCGGCUGUUUGUGCCCUACAAGAGGCGCAAGAAGGAGCCAGAAAGACCUGCCUCACCUGAGAAGAAGGAUAGCCCCUCCCCCAAGAACAUCACGCUCACACCUGGAACCACCUUCACGGUGACCCCGUCUGGUCAGAUCACAACCUCGGGGACGUUGACGUUUGACCGCUCGGCUGCAGGUGAGGCCACGGCCAUCAUCUCUGAAGGCCCAGGCCAGGGAGAUGUCUUCGCCAGCACAGCAGUGUUGACCGCGCUGCCAGCCCUGGCCCUAGCCCCACCUCCAUCGGUGGUGCAGCCCAAAGCAUCCCCUCCUGUCCUGGGUAACCUUAGCAACGGUCUGGAGGCGGAGCAACGCACCUGGCAGCACCUGGAGGAGGCGGCCAACACACUGCUGAGCUCCGCCCAGCACUUGAAGGCUCUGAUCGAGCAGGCUAAGCAGACCAGUCUGGCCCAUGCUAGUGCCGCAGCCUCUGACACGGUUACGGUCACCGCAGCAACCACUUCCCCUGCCACCUGCCCUGACGCCUACCUCAGCCCCGACAAGAGCCUUACGCUCAGGAAGGACCCGUUCCAGACACAGAUUCCCUUCCAGAACCCUGAGGACCCUGAAGGCAAGACUACUGAGAUUCUCAUUAAGCAAAUGUGUGUGAACUGCGGAAGGGAAGCCGUGAGUGAGUGCACUGGCUGCCAUAAAGUCAACUACUGCUCCACGUUCUGCCAGAGAAAGGACUGGAGAGACCACCAGCACACUUGUUGCCAAGGCAACAGCAGUGUUCCACAGGAGGGCGUGCAGCUCCAGGGCGUGGAGGUGGAGAAGGUUAAGAUAUAGCCCACGCCUGACCCCUGACCCUGUGAGCUUCAUGACCUCCAGACCACUGUGCUGAGGGGCAGUGGAGAUGGGGAAGGGCCUCAUCUAGACGCUGUGCAGGCAGGGGCUUGUGCGUAAUGGGUGACGCCAACACAGUUUUGGGAGUUGAGAAGCAGUGCCGAUGCCUGACCCCCAAGGCUGGGGUUUGUACUGUAGGGAAUGGCUGACUGUGAAUGUGGAUGUGCAAUCGGGAUGGAUUAGCCCUAGAGGGGAAUAUAUGGACUGGACUUGAAUUCAUGAGUUGACCAGAGGUGACUACAGACUUCGAGAGAACAUAUAUGAAAUGCAGACUCCUACAGAAGAAAUGGACUAUAAAGAACCGGUAGAGCAUAGACUUCUGGAGAACAGAUGGAAUAGAGUCUCAUAGAAAGCCGGUGACAUUUAAGACUCCUAGAGAAAUGCAAACUGAUAGCAAACCGCUGUGGAAGGAUGUUGUCAUGUGUGACCAGGACUCUAAAUUAACACCCGCAAACCACCCAAAUGCUGGUGAAAAUUCGAUUUGGCUGGUAGAAAAUAAAGCUUACUAGCCACUUUGACCCAUUAGUGAGUGUGUGCUUCGCUAGUAAGAUUAACAUCUAGUGCUAGCCAUUUUGGCUGGUGAUGGAAAAAGGUUAAUUUAGAGCCCUGUGUAUGACCGCUUGUGAUUAAGACGAAUAAAAUGAUUGAAGAAGGUGUGCUGCUGGCACAGCUGAAGUA